AUGUCUUUGGUUUCUAAUGAGAAUUGUGUUGUCCAAUUCCCAGGGAUUCAUGCUAUCAUGGAUGUAAAAACAAAGAGGAGAGGUGUUAUUGAGAACGGCAAUGGAGGGGAGGAUAUGGUUCUGGCGAAUUUGAUUGCAAAUGGGGAUGAUGUUGGUCCUCUUGUCAGGCUCUCUUUUGAAAUGGGGCGGCCUGAAGGGCUUCUUCACCAGCUGAUGUAUGUGGUUAAGCAAAAGGAAGCAGAAAUCGAGGAAAUGUGCAAGACCCACUAUGAGGAAUUCAUCCUUGCAGUUGAUGAGCUUCGUGGCGUGUUAGUUGAUGCGGAGGAGCUGAAGAGUGAGCUCCAAGGUGACAACUUUAAGUUGCAGCAGGUUGGCAGCGCCCUUCUUGACAGGCUUGAAGAGCUUCUUGAAUCUUAUUCUAUUAGGAAAAAUAUGACUGAAGCUAUAGAGAUGUCGAAGAACUGUAUUCAGGUGCUGGAGCUUUGUGUGAAGUGUAACAGUCACAUUUCUGAAGGUCAGUUUUAUUCUGCACUGAAAACAUUGGAUUUAGUUGAGAAAAGUUGCACCCAGAAUAUUCCUGCAAAGGCUCUCAAAGAGGUCAUAGAGAAGAGAAUUCCUGUUAUAAAGUUGCACAUUGAGAAGAAAAUGUGCAUUCAAGUUAAUGAAUGGAUGGCUGACAUUAGGUGUGCCGCUAAAAAUAUUGGGGAAACAGCAAUUGGUCGUGCUGUGACAGUUCGUCAAAGGGACAAGGAAAUGCUAGAACAGCAGAGGAAGAUUGAGGAGCAAAAUAUUUCGGGACUAGGGGAUCUAGCUUAUACAUUGGAUGCUGAAGAAGUUGAAGAAGAUUCAGUUUUACAGUUUGAUCUUACACCACUUUAUCGAGCUUGUCAUAUUCAUGACUGCCUGGGUAUCAAAGAGAAGUUUCGGGAAUAUUACUAUACUAAUAGGUUGUUACAAUUGAAUUCAGACCUGGAGAUAACUUCAGCACAACCUUUUGUUGAAUCGUACCAGACAUUUUUUGCUCAAAUUGCUGGGUUCUUUAUAGUGGAGGAUAGAGUCCUUAGAACUGCCGGGGGCCUCCUGGUAGCUGAUCAGGUUGAAACAUUGUGGCAGACAGCUGUAGCUAAAAUGACAUCACUGUUGGAGGAGCAGUUCUCAUGUAUGGAAUCUGCCCCUCACCUUCUCCUGGUGAAGGAUUAUGUCACUCUGUUUGGAUCUACUCUUAGACAAUAUGAACAUGACAUAGGCACAUUUCUUGAUGUUCUUGAUAGCAGUUGUGACAAAUACCACCUGCUUCUUUUAGAAGAAUGCCGGCAACAAACUAUUGAUGUGUUUGGUAAUGACCCGUAUGACCAAAUGGAGAUAAAAAAGGAAACUGACUAUGAGAACAUUGUUCUGUCAUUUGAUCUUCAAACAUCAGAUAUUAUGCCUGAAUUUCCAUACAUUGCACCAUUCUCCUCCAUGGUACCUGAUACUUGUCGCAUUGUGAGAUCAUUUAUCAAAGGCUCUGUUGAUUACUUAUCUUAUGGCAUACAUAUGAAUUUCUUUGAUAUUGUGAGAAAGUAUUUAGAUAAGUUUCUGAUUGAUGUACUAAAUGUAACAUUACUAGAGAAAAUCAAUAGUGGCAAUAUCACUGUACCUCAACUCAUGCAGAUUGCCACAAACAUAACUGUUUUUGAAAGAGCCUGUGAUUUUUUCCUCCGACAUGCCGCCCAACUAUGUGGCAUCCCAGUACGAUCAAUUGGAAGGCCUCAAGCUACUUUAACUGCAAAGUUGAUCUUGAAGACAUCCAGAGAAGCAGCUUUCAUUGCCUUACAGAGUCUGGUGAACACAAAGAUAGGCGAGUUUAUGACUCUUACUGAAAGUGUUGAUUGGACUCCUGAGGAGACAAAUGAGAAUGGAAAUGACUACAUACAUGAAGUGAUCAUUUACCUUGACUCUUUCAUGUCCCCAGCACAACAAAUUUUACCCUUGGAUUCUGUGUACAGAGUUGGGAGUGGUGCUUUUGAGCACAUUUCAAAUUCCAUAGUGGCAGCUUUCUCUAGUGAUAGUGUCAAAAGAUUUAAUGUAAAUGCAGUUAUAAAUAUUGAAUAUGAUCUUCAGAUCAUAGAGAAUUUUGCAGAGGAAAGGUUCUAUUCUGCUGGUUUGGGAGUAACACACGAUGAAGUUAGUUUUAAGAACUGCUUGGUAGAAGCACGGCAGUUAGUCAAUCUUUUGCUAAGUAGUCAACCUGAAAACUUCCUGAAUGCUGAUAUAUGGGACAAAAAUUAUUAUGCUCUUGAAAUUAAGAAGGUGGCUGCCAUCCUUGAUAAAUUCAAGGAUUCUCCAGAUGGCAUCUUUGGAAGCCUUGCUAACAAAAACGCAAAGCUAAGUGCUAGAAAGAAGUCAAUGGACGUGCUCAAAAAGAGACUUAAGGAUUUCAAUUGA